AUGGCUUCAUCUUUCGCCGAGCCAGCGCCACCAGGCCAGGAACGCACAUAUCCACAGCCUACUAAGAGUGGAAAGGUCGCUUUCCGAUGCGCAUCGAGUGGUGUUGAGUGCGAAACCGCGUACUACAUCUAUGGCGAUCUCUCGAGCGGGCGAACGCCUCUUGUUGGGGUCCAUGGCGGGCCGGGAGCUGGGCAUUCGUAUCUGCGGCCUCUAUCUCUACUCUGGGUCGACUACAAGAUUCCUGUAGUAUUGUAUGAUCAAGUCGGGUGUGGUGCAUCCACCCAUUUCAAGGGCACCAAGGGCGACACCGAACUAUGGAAGCCAGAGCUGUUUAUGAACGAAUUCGAAAACCUGAUGAGCAAACUUGAGAUCACGCAGUACGACUGGCUGGGUCAGAGCUGGGGCGGCAUGCUUGGGGGCCAGUUUGCUAUUGAGCGGCAACCGAAAUGUAUGCGCAAGCUCAUCAUCUCGAACUCCCCGUCGGAUAUGAAAGUCUGGGUCCAGGCGGCGCAAAAGCUGCGUGCCAAGCUCCCACAGGACGUCCAGGAAACUCUCACACGCUGUGAGAAGGAAAGGAAAACUGACACGGAGGAGUAUCAGCAAGCGGUCAUGGCAUACUAUGACAGGCAUGUCUGUCGCACGAUUCCACGCCCGGCUGAGUACACGGAAACGCUGGAGUGCCUAGAAAAUGCAAUGGAGGUGUACGAGACCAUGAACGGUCCAUCGGAGUUCUUUGUCACGGGUUCGUUUAAGGACUGGUCUAUCACUAAUCUCCUGCACAAGGUCACGAAGGAAACAUGUCCGGGAGGACUACUUGUGUUAAACGGGUAUUAUGACGAGGCCCAGGACGAGACUUGUGAGCCAUUUUUCACGAAACCAACAUGUCGGACAAAAUGGAAGAGCUACGCGCUUAGCAGCCAUCUGACGACGCUAGAAGAGACUGAGCGAUAUGUGAAGGAUGUUGGAGCGUUUCUUCUAAGCGAUUGA